AUGGCCGCGAAGAGUCCCGUCAUUAUUAUUGGAGCCGGUAUUGCUGGCCUGUCUUUAGCCCGAGUCCUCCAGGAGAACGGCAUUCAAGUCAGCGUCUACGAGUCUUCGUCGAGAAGCGCCGCACAGGGCUACGGCAUCACGCUACGAUCCUGGGCAUAUGGUCCUUUGGUUGACAAAUUGCGCAUCAAUUUUGACGAAUUCCGCAGCGCAGUUGCCACGGAUGGCUCCGUUGGCGGGAUCGGAGAGAUCAAUCCCACGAUGCAUGAUGCUCUCACAGGGAAGCCAUUGAUUGAAGCCUCUCCUUCGCAAACCGGAAGUCCUGAGGGCGAAUUCUUUCGGGCGAACAGAAAUCGCCUAAGAGAGUUCCUACUUCGUGGGGUUGAUUGUCAUUUCGAUUAUAAGCUCGUGUCUCUCGACAUGGAUGAAGGCGCAAAAUUGCUGAAUGCUCGCUUCGCAAACGGGGCUGUUGUUACUGGAAGUCUGGUAAUAGGGGCUGAUGGCGUAUUUUCUAAAGUACGCACGACUUUUCUCCCUACAGUUGAACCGUCGAUUGCCUCUACCGUGGUGUACAAUGGUGAGCGGCAGGUUCCACGGUCAGAAUUCGACUCCACCAUUGCUCCCUAUAUGCCGCAUACAAAUGUGCAUGCGGCUGUCGCUGAGAAUACAAUGAUAUCUAUCACUGUUACAGAGAAGACCGAAACGGAAGUAACGCUGACUUGGACAUACACCCACCAGCCUACGCGAACGCAAAGCCCUGCCACCCUACUUGGCGAGUCUUCUGCUGGACUGCAAGUGGCUAUACUUGAUGCUUUUGCAGCGCUUGGCCAAUUGGCGCCUCCUUUUUCCACAGCCCUGGCCCCAGAGAAGAUUCGACAAGACCGACUCUAUCACUGGCUCAUGAGAACCAUGCGUCCGCCGCAGGACGGUCUUAGACUUAUGGCUUCGAAAGGUGUUGCAGUCAUUGGAGAUGCUGCCCACGCGAUGCCUAUUUUCGCCGGCGAGGGAGGCAACCAUGCCUUACUUGAUGCCGUAAAACUGGGACAACAUCUGGCAGACUCAUAUUCGCCGGCCUCCAUAGAUGCUUUUAUUGACGAGGAGCUUCCUCGCUGGGAAAUGGCAAGUGUUGGGUCUGAGAAGCGCUCUCUAUCGCUCCACAGACCUCUCAACAUUUGGAGGACACUGGCAGAACAAGCUAAGAAGCACUAA